GGAAUCCUCAGAGGUGGUGCCUGGGCAUAUUUCUCGUCUGCCCAACUGUAGACAUUCAGAGCAAAGAAAUGCGGUCGGGCCUCAGCCUUAACAGCUUGGGUUGGCGGCAUUCCCGAACAUUCCGUUCAAUCGACAUCGUCCUAACAGAAUGAAGGUGGUUCUCAGGCCGUCUGGUUCAAGAACGCAGAAGCCCAGGAGGAAAAUGGACUUGAUGUCAGAUCCUUGGAUGACUCAGCAUAUAUUUGCACGUGAUAACUAGUUAUGACGACAUGGUCCAAACCUCGUCAAAUUGUUGGGCGCAGUUCAAAGCAAAAAGAAAUUCAGAACCUAUCGAUGCUUCGCACCUGCGUGUCCGGCAAUCCGUACGAGCAUGCACGGUGACCCUGACAUUGUCAGAACUUUCCGUAUGGACAGAUUUAGGUGAUGUCCAUAGAUAUUGACUGGGAGCGUGCCACCUCUGGCCCAGACGGCGAGCUUCUGGCGGAGCGCAUCCGCUCAUUCAUACAUGAUAAAUUCCAACAGAUAGUUCUUCCCAGAUUCAUCCGCUCAGUGCAAGUUACUUCCUUCAAUUUCGGUACGAUACCCCCAGAGCUUGAAAUCCGCGAUCUCUGCGACCCAUUCCCGGAUUUCUACGAGGAGGAUGACAACGAAAAUUUCUCAGAGAGCUCGGAGGAGCAGUCUCCAACGCGGGAACCGGUUGAUAGAUAUGGGAGCAAGGUAGAGUCCUGGCAGGCAAAUUCUCCAGGCAGCCUUGAAGACCACAUGCAAGGCAGGAUGGGCUUCAACGGACCGUUACGAAUGCCCCCGGGAGAGGAAAAUACCGGGAUCUCCCCGCUUCGGUCCCCCAUGAAUUUCGGAGAUAUAAACCCGUACCUAUUUCCGAGAUCUAGAACACCAGGUAUACCAGGGGGCACCUCGAACUUAGGAUACUACAUGCCGCUGAGUGGACUUUCGGGCUCACAGACGCCGCUUGGUACUGUGGCGCGCGGCAGCCCUUUCUCUGGCGGAUGGCCGGAUGUGCAUGGAGCAAGACCGUCUCGCCGCAGAUCAGAAGUCGAACCUGACUCCGCCCAAUCUCGACCGUCCACUGCGAAUACUGGGAACACACUGCUUUCCCGCGGCUCAAUGAGCAGCGGUGAUCCGCGCCACUCCCAUCAUUCACAAGGAGUGCCAGGCAGUGAUCAUGGGCAAGUGCUUGAACCCAACAUGCCACCGACAUCGUCCGAUCCUCCGCUUGACGAUCUCCCCCCUCGACGAAUGCGCGAACAAAAAGCCGAGGAUUUCCAAGUCUUUUGUCGGACGAAAUACGCAGGCAAUAUCAGUCUUUCGUUAACCGCAGAGAUACUCCUUGACUACCCAAUGCCCAGCUUCGUCGGCCUACCCUUAAAACUGAACAUUACAGGCCUCACCUUCGACGCCGUAGCAGUCAUUGCGUAUAUUCGACGACGAAUACACUUCUGCUUUCUCUCCCCGGAGGAUGCAGACGCGUUAAUCGGACCGGAAAUCGGCAGUGGUGGCGGAGAGGACACGUUGGAACCAAACUCUCCACGGCGUAAACCUCUUAGCCUGCUGCGUGAGAUCAGAGUGGAAAGCGAAAUUGGCAGAAAGGAGAAUGGGAAGCAGGCGCUCAAGAAUGUGGGCAAAGUAGAGAAGUUUGUGCUUGAGCAGGUGCGCCGGAUUUUCGAGGAGGAAUUUGUAUACCCGAGUUUCUGGACUUUUCUUGUUUAAGGCUUCUCUCUACCUUUGCACUGCGAUGACUGUUCGAUGACGGAUUGAUAUUAUAUACCACAUUUUAUACCCUCCCCAAUUCAAACUUGUUUCCCAGAUUUGCACUGGGAACGCAUUGAAGGUGUAUUAACUAAUUACGAGUUUCAAAUGGUAAGCUGGGGAAGGUAUUGAUGGAAUGGAAUAGUAACUCCAGGUCAAGAAAAUAAGAACUGUGAUUUGUGCGAAGAAAUAUUCUUAAUGAUAUCUCCGCCAUGGGAUCCUAUUACACGCCUCCAUAAGUAUAAAGAGGGACGAUAAACAUCCAAUCGCUGCAUAUACAUAUUUCAAAAAUUAAAAGUGGAAACUACCCAAAUCCACACUCCCGUUUCUAUUCGGAACCUUUGCACAUUUCACUACCAUUACCAAGUUCACGAAACGCACACACUAGGAUGACCUAGGCAUUAUAGUCCGUCGGGAAAACAUCAGCCUCUCUGAAACCAAUUCAUAUCACCCACCCACUUUUCCAUCACGUUGGUGGGAUUUCGAUAUCUUUUUCUUCUCUUCCAAGAGCCGCCAACGAAUGGCAAAAGCCACCUGACCUCCCACUGCCAUUUACCGCUCCUUCUUGGGCGUUGAAUCGGGGUUCUGGCUUGAGAGCUGAUCGCCCAACUUUUCAUAUUCCCUCGACAAGCCCUCAGACUGUUUCUUCAGCGCUUCAAUAUCCUUCUCACGAGCCGCAAGUUCCUUGCGUAGACGGCCAAUUUCACCAGCAUCGCCGGCCUCUGCCAAUUUGGCCGAUGCCUUGCCGCCAGCCUGUUUGUCGCCUUGCAGUUGUUUCACUUUGUCCUCCAGACGCAGCACUUCAAGGAUCAUUGUGUAGGUGCGAUUGAGGAUGAGGGAAAGGAAGAGGGUAAAGCCGCAGAGAUACAUGUUGCGCUGAGAGUAGAAUUUGCGGGCUUGGACCUCCAUCCGUUCGGCGCCUAGGGCGGCAGUUCUGCGCCUUGCGGAGAAAAGAGUGGUGUUUAGUCAGGAGAUUUUUGGUUGGGGAGAUCUGGGUUAGUGGGAAAGGGUGUGGGUUUGAAGGACGAUAUAUUGACAUACCCGGCUCCGCCCAUUUCCUUUGAGUGUGUGGAUAGCUCGGUUUGAACGCGGUAGACCCGAUUAACGCUAUCGAUGAAUAGGAUAAGGAUGAAGAUAAACGUAAUCUUGUGAAGCACCAAGUAUGUCAGCGCCUUAUACUCUCGUUGAGGUGAAGAAUUGGCAGCGGAUAUAUAUAAAGACCUACUUUCAUGCCAUACUGGAGCUUCGCAAUAACUGGGCUUUCAGAUAUGAAGGUGAAGAGUUUCCUUUUUACGGUGAAAGGAAGAGGGAUGAUGAGGCCAACAAAGAUGACCAUCUCCACCACCAGGAGAAGGAAAACCUAUAGCAGAGAACCAAAUAUUCUUAUUAGCACUCGUUUGCAACAUAAUAACUUCCCAGAUCUUGCGUGAGCACUCCUGAGGAUAGCGGAUGGGAUGCGCUGCCCAAAUAGGUCGAUCGCGUCGAGCAAAUACGUACAAGACUAUAAUAGAGCGUCAUCGUUGCGGUUCCUUCAAUGGGUAGUACACAGUUUUGCCUUGAACAGCCAGAGCUCGCUUUACGGGCAAGCUGUUGUUUUCUGUUGUUUUCUUUUUCGGUUGUCGUUAGCUUGUUUCACCAAAACACGAUGAGCGGAGGAGGAAACGGGGUAAAGACAGAACUGCUUCUUACAGAAGGACUCAAAGUCCCGAGAUAGAACGAGGGAGGUUCCUUUUAUCUGUGUCUGUUGUUAGUGGCUGGUGAGUAGGGUGGAAUGGUUGCAGUUGGAGUUUUUUGACCGCAAAACAAGCUUGGAGGGAAAACAGACGUCAUCGUGGUUGGUUUGUUGUUGACACUGGAUUUGGCGGCUCCAUGUGACUUUCGCUUGCCCUAUUUUGGUGCUGUAUCGAUUCUGGCAAACAGGCUGCCAGAUUAUAAAAAGUGAAUGGAUAUGCCAUAAUUGGUUGGAUUCUAUUUUUAUUGUAUUUUAAUGAAGGGAAACGUAGCCAGAACUUUUUAUUUACGAAGUAUUCCGUCUCGAAAAUAUGCAAUUGUAUAUAUUGUUAUGGGCUUUCCAAUGCCCGUAUGAUGCUGGCUCUAUUACAAUAACUCCAAGGCGAGUAGCUUUCUCUUACUGCUAAUCAACCCUCCGCAACAAUCUCGUAGCUAUUCGACUUAUGCUUUGGCUCGAAUUUGAAAUCUUUAUGAGCUGGACCCAAGAACAUUUCUCUGUAAAAUGGCGCAUACAAUUAGCAAAAUACCACUUCCCAAAAAAAUAAAAAAUAAAUAAAUAAAA